UGAGAGAUAAACCUGCACGACUGUCACAAGCCGCGAUGGCCAGACGGGAUUUGCUCCUUGCGCUGGCAAGCGGUGCUGCGGGCGCCGCGCUCUUCGCGCUGCUGUCCAGGUGGGCGAAGCGUGCGCGCCGAGGCCACGGCGCCGCGUGGCUCAAAGCGGAGGCUGGAAGCGGCGAUCGCCCGCGGGUGGCGCUGGUGGCGGCGGGGUCCGUGGCGGCGGUGAAGGUGCCGGAGCUGGCGACGCGCCUGGCGGAUGAGCUCGGCGCGCAGGUGGCAGUGGUACUCACCGGCGGUGGGCGCUUCAUGACGUCCUCCGAGAUCGCGGGGCGCUACGCGCGUGAGCACUUCGUCGCCUUCGAAGCUGCUUUGAGGGCGAAGCGCGACGUGUUUCUGCUGGAGGACUGCGACGAGUGGGAGGGCUAUGCGGAUGUAUCCGUGGACCCAGUGGUCCAUAUCGAGCUGAGGAAGUGGGCGGACGUGGUGCUCGUGGCCCCCUGUUCUGCCAACACCUUGGCCAAGGUCGCGCUGGGCCUAUGCGACAACUUGGCCACCUGCUUGCUGCGCGCCUGGGACCCCGACAAGCCCAUGCUGCUUGCGCCGGCCAUGAAUACCGUGAUGUGGGAGCACCCCAGCACCCUGCAGCACCUGAGGAUCCUGGAAGACCGGGGCUGCCGCAUCAUCGCCCCCACCAGCAAGCGCUUGGCCUGUGGGGACGUGGGCCGCGGCGCCCUGGCGCCAGUGGACGAGAUCCUGCGAACCGUGCAGGCUUGCAGCUGUCCCGGGCUUCGAGGCUCUGGAGUGGGGGCUUGGCAGCGCCAUGGCUUUCAGGAGUGGCAGCCGAAGGAGUACACGGACACAAGUGCCGCGAGACCCUGAUGCCA